CUCGCGAUCACGACUCUCGUCCUCAAGGCCUCAUGCAUUCCUGACCAAUCCCUUUCACCAAUAAUUCAUUUCUGCGAGUGUACUGCGAGCUUGUCAGUUUGACAUGUAUCCGACUCCACAUUCUCCGCUGUUUUCUCCAUUGUGGGGCAAGCACACUAAAGCGAUGGAAUUGGCUUUCGACGAUCAUUCUGGUCACCAUGCGGCAGCCAUGAUUCCCAAACCCAAUUAUCGCAACGAGGGUCGCUGGCCGGUUGCCUUUGAUUACUGUGGCUGGCACUUACAUGACACGCCACAUUCAAAUUUCCCUGGCUUCAUUCGCUGGCAUGCAUCGAGCGGCUCCGCAAGAAGUGGAACUUGUUGAUUGAUAAGUAUCGUCUUGCCACGAUCCAGGUACUGACAACUGCCCUCAAUCAAAAUUGUUGGACAAGAUGUCAUGUCGUCGUGUCGGAAAAAAAGGCAAUCACGAUCGAAUCACGGAUAAUCCAACAAUCCGUGCAGCGUUCGAAAUCGAAAUCGGAAGCCGUAGUCACUUCCUAAUACACAAUAACACGGACUUGGUUUCCUAUGUGACAAUUCAUGUUGCUGGACCGUUUCUGCCGGUCAUAUGCUUGGAAAUUCCUUUAUAUAUAGUUUGGACAACUAGUGAGAUCAACUCAUCAUCAUGUUUAUUCGCCUUUCCACUGCUGUUUUCGUUGUUCUCCUCAACUUGGCGGCUGUCAAUGCUGGGACAGUACCAGCUGCUCGCGCAGUUGGUGACCUUGACAAGCGUAGCAUCGCCAUAGUAAGCACAUCAAAUCCCACCGUGUUGACCUGACGUUACAAUGUGCGCAGGGCAAUUAUGAAGAACCAACUACUUACGCAGAACCACCUACUCGCGCAGAGCCAGAUACGCCCAAUCUUUAGAGCUGUGACCAAACCCAGGCGCCUAAGCAUAACAACUUGUGUCGUUGGUGUAUGCAACUACGCAACACCGGAUCUCUAUACAGGACCAUUUACAAAAAAUAUUAAGCAGAAUAUAGGUAUUGCUUACAAGGAUACAAAAGAAAUCGAGCUUAGGUUGCUAGACGUAUUAUCAAUUGUUCGUCCUUGUCCAUGAGAUGUCUAUCGAGCUUGUGUGAAG